AUGUUUUUCGACAAAUUGAAGAUUUCCAGAUUCCCCCCUCUCCAGAACCAUGGCGACGCGACGCUGAACCAGAUGCACCGGAAGGGCAAGCCCCCCGUGCCCCCCCGCCAGCCAGGGGCCACUGGGGGCCGGCCCCAGCUGAAGGGCGUGGUCCUGAAGACCCUGAUCCGCAAGCCCAAGAAGCCCAACUCGGCCAAUCGCAAGUGCGCCCGCGUGCGGCUGUCGGACGGCCGGGAGGCGGUGUGCUUCAUCCCUGGGGAGGGACACAGCCUGCAGGAGCACAACGUGGUGCUGGUGCAGGGCGGCCGCACACAGGACCUGCCGGGGCUCAAGCUCACCGUGGUGCGCGGCAAGUACGACUGCGCUCACGUGGUGAAGAAGAAACAGUGACCCUGGGGCCAGCUCCGCGCACGGUGCGUCAGUCAGUCCCUCACGGUGCGUCAGUCCCUCACGGUGCGUCAGUCCCUCACGGUGCGUCAGUCAGUCCCUCACGGUGCGUCAGUCAGUCCCUCACGGUGCGUCAGUCCCUCACAGUGCGUCAGUACCUCACAGUGCGUCAGUCAGUCCCUCACGGUCCGUCAGUCCCUCACGGUGCGUCAGUCCCUCACGGUGCGUCAG